CAGUGUUGGCGGUCGCUUGGUCAGUCAACAGUGAGAAGUGGAGACGAACUCCUGCGUCAGUCGGGCCAUCGGGGAAUUCAGCAGGCACGAUGAAGGCCAUGCAGAGGGUCAACCUCGCCUUGGUGCUGGCCUCCCUGACCUCAGCCUUCAACCUCGAGCCUCGAGAGUCGAUCAUUUUCAACGCCACGACGAAAGGCCAACAGGUUCCUGGAGGCCGAGGUUCUUACUUUGGGUUCUCAAUCGCCCUCCACUUCCUUGCCAGCGAGAACAAAACUUGGGUGGCGGUGGGCUCUCCAAGGGCCAACUCCUCCUACUACGACCCGGAAGAGAUCACAGAACCCGGAGCCAUCUUCAAGUGUGACCUGGACAGUAAGGAUUGCAGUGAGCUCUUCAUUGACAAACAAGGGAAUCGCGAGGCCCAGAACUUUCGAAGCGACUACAUCCAGCACGACCUGAAGAACGGCGGGUGGCUUGGAGGCGCCAUGGAUUCGCAGCCGAAGUUCAAAGACGGCCGGCAGUGCUUGGGGGUGUGUGCGCCGAGAUGGAAGAACCAAUUGUAUCCGCAUAUUCAGAUGAACGGAGCCUGCUACUGGCUCAGUGCCUCGCUCCCCAACGACACAGCUUAUAAAAAGUUGCCGCUCUUGCAGUUCAGUGAGUAUUUUCUUAAAGGAUCAUUUGUGUCUUGUAAGAAUGCUCAGCUGAGGAGGAAGGAAUAUUAG